AAACGAAUUUAAUUUAAUCAUAAAUUUUUUUACUUACAUUUUGACACUUAAUUCUAACCUCACAUAACUCAAAAAAAUUUGACACUCAUUGACACCAACCUAAUUUUUUGAUACAAAUAAUCAAAAUAAAUAGAAACAUAACCUAACAUAACCUUACUUUUCUUACCAAUGUGAUUUUUAUAAUCAUGGACGCAUUUAAAACUCCUAAAUGGGAUAAUAGUGAAGUAUCCGAUGAAAAAAUUAAAAAUCUCUUCAAAAAAAAGAAGAAGAAAAGUCAUCGAUCAAAAGCUUCAAAUGAAAGCGUUUCAUCUAAAAAGAAGGAAAAAAAUAAAAAACCCAAAAAUAAUUUGCCUAAUAAACCCGAAAACCCAUCAAAACAAUUAAAAAUUAAUCAAAAAAAAUUAACUCAAAAUCAAGUUGUAAAUCAAAAACGAAAAAUAAAAAGUAUCGACAAUAAAAAUUCCACAUCUGGUGGUAAAUCCAAUGAGUACCAUACGUUAUUAAAAUCAAGAAAGGAAUUUAUGAAACUUUCGUUAAGAGAACGAAUGAUGGAACGUUUGAAAUCGUCGAGAUUUCGUUAUAUAAACGAAGAAUUAUACACAAUCGAAGGAAAAUCUGCUAAAGAUAUGUUUAAAAAAGAUCCGAAAGCUUUUCAAGCUUACCAUGAAGGAUAUAGACAGCAAGUUAAUAAAUGGCCUAUAAAUCCUUUAGAUGUAAUCAUUAAAAGUAUCAAAAAAAUGGAUGGAAAUAAAAUAGUUGCAGAUAUGGGUUGUGGCGAGGCAAAAUUAUCUCAAAGUGUACCCCAAAAAGUUUACUCCUUCGAUUUACAAGCUGUAAAUGAUUACGUAACAGAAUGUGAGAUGUCUAAAGUACCCUUAGAGAAAAAUAGUGUUGACGUCGUUGUAUUUUGUUUAUCAUUAAUGGGAACGAAUAUUAAAGAUUUCAUUUUUGAAGCUAAUAGGAUAUUAAAAAUUGGGGGUACAUUAAAAAUUGCUGAGGUGCAAAGUAGAUUUGAAAAAGUCGACGUGUUUAUUAAAGGAAUCGAGCAGUUUGGAUUUAAACAAUCUUGGAAGGAUUUAACGAAGGAUUUAUUUUAUUUUAUUGAUUUUAAGAAGAUGACUGAGUGUAGAAAUAAAAAUAAAUUGCCGAGUGUUGGGUUAUUACCUUGUUUGUAUAAGAAACGUUAAUAAAGCAUUUAAAUAAAUAAAAACAAAAAUAGUUUUAAUUUAAG